AUGGGUUUGACCAAACAAUAUCUUCGCUACGUACCUAGUGGUACAUUCAAUGUAAUAGCUAGUCCUGAUUGUAAUAGUACUCAUGUGACUUUAAAUGGAGUUAGUGGAAGAUACAUUGCAGUGGGAGCAUGUGAACAUGUUAUUAUUUGGGACAUGAGAUUAGGAGAAAAGGCCCAGGUGAUACCAGGUGAGAAUGUAAUGGUGUCCCAAAUAGCAGCUAGCUCUAACGGCAACCACAUAGCUGUUGGGUAUGUGGAUGGCAAUAUUAAUGUGUUUGAGUUGACCAACAAUGAAAUAGUAUGUGUGUUUGCGGGGCACAAGUCUGCCGUUACUUGCCUCCAGUAUGAUGAACAAGGAACCAGGCUAGUAUCUGGAUCAAAGGACACUGAAGUGAUUCUCUGGGAUGUAGUUUCUGAAACUGGUGUGGCCAGAUUCAGUGGACACAAGGGAGCAAUAACUAGUGUAAUGUUCAUUAAUGGAAAGAAUUGCAUCAUCAGCUCUUCAAAGGACACAUUUGUUAAAUUCUGGGACAUUGAAACAAAACAUUGCUUUAAAACACUGGGUGGACAUCAAAUGGAGGUUUGGUCGGCAGUAUUAUUGAAGGAAGAGCGUUACUUGGUAACAGGCAGUAUGGACCAAGAGCUCAGGGUAUGGAAAUUAAAUUGGAAGGAGAAAAUAAAAGAAGAAGAUAAAAUAUCACAGCAAUUGGAGAUUGUUAAAAUUGAAGACACAGAUAAUAUUGAAGACAGUUCUAUCCUUCAAUGUCAUCAAGUGGGUACUUUAAUCCGCGGCGGGCGAGGCCGGGUGGUCGGACUAGUGACUGACUUGGGUCAAUCAGUGCUCGCUUGUUAUGGAACAGAUUCAUUGUUGGAGCUCUUCGCGUUCUGUUCUGAUGAUGAAGCGAAGACCAGGAUGAGCAAACGAGUCAAGAGACAGAGGAAGAAGAUGACCAAACUGAAAGAAAGCGGUGAAGUCGAUAUGGAAGUGGCCGAAGUCAGUGAGUUACUAACACUCUCCGACGAGGUCCGUAGACUGAGUUCGAUCAAACUAUCAGCUAAGUUGAAGUCCGCGGCCUUGUUACUGGGUACGUCGGGAGAACUACGUGUGGGAGUCACACUAGCUACUAACAGUGUUGAACUACACAGUCUGACGCUUGAAGACGGGAAUGAAGUGACAUGUUUGAAGCAGAUCAUGUUGUCUGGUCAUCGUCGUGAGGUUCGCUGCGUGUCUUUGUCUUCUGACAACCUCGCUGUGCUAUCAGCCUCUGCGGACUCUGUUAAACUAUGGAACAGGACCAGCCAAGCCUGUCUCCGCACCAUCCCUCUAUCAUCCCGCCCCACCAGUUCGUGUUUCGCGCCCGGUGACCGUCACGCGCUCGUGUCGUGUUCCGACGGAUCCUUACUACUGUUGGAUGUAGCGGCCGCUAACGUCAUGGAGACUAUUCCGGCUCAUGAAGGGGGGUGUAGCUGUGUGGGACUCACGCCGGAUCUGCGCGGCUGUUAUUCCGGCGGGAGUGACAAAACAGUGAAGUUAUGGCAGUUUGAACUCAUCCCCGAUCCUUCUGGAGACUCGAAAGCAAAGGUCCUUUCACUGCUACACACUCGCACUUUAGAGCUAGAAGAACAAGUGACUGCUGUGCGGAUCAGUCAGAACAACAAAUUCAUAGCGGUGGCCUUACUAGAUUCAACUGUUAGGAUAUUCUUUUACGACACUUUUAAGUUCUACAUCUCUCUAUACGGCCAUAAACUACCGGUGUUGUCUAUGGAUAUAAGUUCGGACUGCAAUAUCAUAGCCACAGGUUCAGCUGAUAGGAAUGUUAAAAUUUGGGGUUUAGACUUCGGUGACUGUCACAAGUCGAUCUUCGCUCACAACGACUCUAUAACGGGCGUGGGGUUCGUUCCCGGGACACAUUACUUCUUCACAAGCUCCAAGGACGGGAAGGUCAAGCAGUGGGACGGAGAUUCAUAUGAUAAUAUCAUCACUUUGAAUGGUCACGCUGGCGAAUGUCUGAAUUUAUGUGUGGGGGGCGGAGGCCUACACGUGGUGUCUUGUGGCGGGGACGGAGCCCUAAGACUGUACACACGCUCAGAGGAGCCCCUUGUAUUGGGAGACCAGGAUGAGAACGAAGAAGGACUUGCUACGGGAGAACAACAUGUUAGUACUUAUAUAGUACUAGCUUUCCGCCCGCAGCUUCGCCAGCGUGGAGUUCGGUUAUAUCGCGCCCCCGUCCCGGGACUGCCAGGACUUGUUAUGCCAACAAAGAAGACGAUUGGAGCUGAAAAAGCUGCUGAUUCUAUAGUAGAGUGUCUGUCAGUGUGUGCGGAGUAUGAUCAGUUAGUGGUGGAGGCGAGGGGACAACCUGUGGCGCCGCCCGUACUGAUGGCCGCUUAUAACUGUAACAACUCCGAAGACUUCCUACUAGAGACUAUAUGUAGGAUACGAGCGAGUGAACUAGAGGAAGCUCUCCUAUUACUUCCCCUGAGCGCGUCAACGUCACUCGUUCCUCGUCUCGCCGGUCUGUUAGACCGCGGCUGGUCGGAGCCGGUCUGUCGGACCGCGCUGUUCCUACUGCGAGUGACGCCAUCACUACAACAGCCGGCGCUCCUCAAACACCUCAUACAGAUACAGGCGCGAGCUGCCAUGAGAGUUAAUGAGAUACGGGACAUGGUCGGUUUUAACCUGCACGCCCUCCAGUGGGUCCGUCGCGAGGCGGAGUCCUCGGCGGGGGAGCAGCUGUUCCGCGACGCGACUGUCGCACGCAAGUCGCGUGACAAACGUGCGACAAUCGCACGGGCCAAGAAACGAGCUAUAAUUUCUAUCACUUAG